AUGAUCAAAAACAACAUUACUGAUGAUGAUGAUGAUUUUAAUCUCUGGUGGUGGACCGUCUCCUCGUAUCUCGCGUUCUUUCUCCUCUUAAUAGCACGGUUUGUGGUGCCACAUUCAGGGGAAAUGUUCCAUUGGAAACCAAAUGAAAGAAGAAGAAGAUUUGCAAUGAACCAUCGAAUUUGCGGGGCGAUGCACUUACUCGUUCUCGUUUUCGGAGGUGUGCAUCUUAUGCUUUUGUCCUCCUAUAAUACGUCGUCGUCGUUUACGUCGUCGUCGAUGAGUCGUCUUGCGGUUGUUGCAUUUGACCUCGUGUUAGGUUUGAGCGGGAUUCUGGUCACGCGCACGGCGGUGAAGGAUUUCGGCAAGUUGCACUCCCGAGUGCGAGAGAGACGAACAAAAUCGAGCGGCGUGUUACACGAGACGAAAACAGUCGCGACGGAGGAAAUGGAAGAGCACUUCUUUUACCAAAUGGUAAAUUUGACGCAGGUUUUGUAUUUGCACUUUUGCGAAACGUGCGACGGGAAGAACGCGCGAACGCUGGCGCUCGUAUUGAGCACCUGGAGCAUUUGGCGGUAUCGCGAUCGGUUUCCGGUGAAUUCGUUUUCUCGAAACUACGAAGGCGGCGAAAACGGAAGGUGGUUUGAAUCCGUGGAGAACUUUUUGUAUCGAGCGAAGAAAUGGCAGUACGUGUUUUACAAGACGUGCUUGUUGCACGGGUUGAACGUUUCCAGCGCGAUUUUUGGGAGUAGUCGUAGUAGUAGUAGUAAGACGACGACGAUUUUGACGACGCACGGCGAGCGCUUUCAACUGUAUUGGUUGUGCUUGAACGCGAGUUACGUGAUGGAGUUCUUUUUGCAGACUUUGGUGAAGAAGAAGUACGGCACGCAGUCGAACGCGUUGUUGAUGAAUCAAUUUUUGAUGGUGGUUUCCUCGCUUUCGGCGUUUCCGGUCGUCGUGCGCAGAGUACACCCGAUUGCUUUCGUUGCGGCGUUGGCGUUGAAUUUUCUCAAUCGGAAACAGGAAACGGCGAAUGUCUGCUUAACGUGUGUGGCGUGUGUCGUAUUUGAUAGGUAUGUAAAAAUAUAA